AUGGGGCUGACCGCGAGCCUGCUCUCCAUUUUCUUGGGGGCCUUUUCUUUUGUCUGUACUGUGGGCGCCAUCUGCACGGACUGCUGGCAGGUAAGAAGAGCAAGCCAUUUCCCUUGCCACUCUUCAGAAAGGGUCUGGGAGGGGCACAUGGUUGGUUGGUUGGGUGCCAGGAAUAAGACAUGUGCUCCAAAUGUCCCUGUUUGCCAUAUUUCCUUGUCCCUUUCUCGGGAUGAGGACUCAGAGAGGGAAAUCACUGCCCCUGAUUCUUGCCUUUUACACAUGACUUGUUAAAACUCUAGCUGUGGCCAUGCUUCAGGGUUCAGCUUCCUCUCCAAGGAGUUUCUAGAAUGGGGAGGGACAGCUGCUGGUCCCUAAUUUCAUCUAUAGAAUACUGGAGGGAAAUAGAAGGGAAUGGGAAGGGCUAGGUCUACGAUUUCAUUGCCUUGUGCAUAAUUGGGCUUUUCAUUCCCUUAGGGAUCAGAACGUGGGUGUAUGUAUUAGUUCCUAAGGGUUUAAGCAGAGUUGGUGGGAAUUUUAAAAGGGGUUACUCACUUCCAGGGAUGUUGCUAGGUAUUUUAAAUCAUUUGAAAUUGAGGCACAGGCCCAUGGCCCAGAUUUGUAUCAGAUUUUCAUAUGCUCGUUUAUAACAGUCUUUGGGCAAUUUCAGAGGGCAUGUGAUUGGAGGGGGGGUGUGGAGGAAUUUUGUCAUUGCUGUGCUUUGUAAGUAAGUGGUACGAGCUUUUUAAAAAGCUCAUAAAACCUUGAGAACUUCCCCAUAAAAUUCACAGAAUGAUGUACAGAUGAGCCAAUAUUAUCAUAGUUACUUUAUUAAAAUUACAACCCAUCCCUCCAGAUGUUAUCCAUCUAGUACCUAUUACUGAGGCUGUGGCAUUGACUGCAUACAUUUAAAGCACAUGUAUCCUCCUCUCAAAAGAAAUAAUCCUGGGAACUGUAGUUUAAGAACUGUAAACCACAGUUCCCAGAAUUCUUUGUGGUAAGGAAAUGCUUAAGAUGCAUGGUGCAUGCGUAGUCUCUGCUAUGAUCUAGCUGCCAGCAGAUUGCCCUGUCUUAGCUGCUGCACCGCUUCAACUGAACUGGUGUCUAAGUGUUUUAGCCCUGAGUGGUCCAUCUAUUGAGGACCAGUAACUGAUCUAAGGCUCCCUCUCUCCUGCCUCCCCUUCCCCCGUCUCUUCCAGGUGAACAGCAAAGGCUCUGUGGUCCUCAGCAUGCGUUGCCGAGGCCUAUGGGGAGAGUGCGUUUGGGACAAGUUUGUCAAAAUCUGGACCUGCGAUGUCUUCAGCUCUUACCUGAACCCGCAUCCCGGUAAACAUCCCGUCCCAAAUCUGACCAUCGAGCCCCACCAAGCUGCUGUCAAGGAUGACCCCUUUUAAAGACAGCUCCCUGGUUGGCAGGGGCACGGGUGGCACUGUGGGUUAAACCACAGAGCCUAGGACUUGCCAGUCAGAAGGCCGGCGGUUCAAAUCCCUACGACGGGGUGAGCUCCCAUUGCUAGGUCCCUGCUCUUGCCAACCUAGCAGUUCGAAAGCAUGCCAGUGCAAGUAGAUAUAGGUCUACUGGCGGAAAGGUAAACGGUGUUUCCGUGUGCUGCUUUGCUUCACCAGAAGUGGCUUAGUCAUGCUGGCCACAUGACCCGAAAGCUGUACGCCGGCUCCCUCGGCCAAUAAAGCGAGAUGAGCACGGCAACCCCAGAGUUGGCCACGACUGGACCUAAUGGUCAGGGGUCCCUUUACCUUUACCCUGGUUGGCACAGCAGCAGCGGCAGGCAAUGGACCUUGACACAGUUGGGUGGUGGGCAGGGAAGCAAAUGGGAGGCAUUGUCCAAACACUGGGAUGUCUGCACUGAAUGCAGCAAACUGUUUCUGCUGCUGUAAAAUCACUAAAUUGGUUUUUCUUGGCUGUGCACAUGCAGUACUAUGACUUUCCCACCGGGGGCAACCAAGGCUGUGUGAAAAAAAGAUAAUUACUGGUCUGUGCCAAGUGGCUGGCUUCUGACCACAGGAUGCUGUUGGUUGGUAAACUGACACCUCCCUUUCACUUCCUCUUCUCCAUUUAUAACUUACCACGGCCUUGAAAUCCAUUAUUUCACACCCACAAACGGAAUUCCUGGUUAUUUCAGUUCUUCUCCUGCUUUCUGGGUUUUCAAUUUACUGACAUCAUUUCUCUACGAGGCAAAGGGGCUGCCAGUCACUACAAAUCAGCGUUGUGAACAACCUCACUGCCACAGGGCGAUUGGAAGGCCAACAGAAUAUUUGCAUGUUUUUAUUUAUUUUUCUAAAUAUAAAGAAUUUGGGGAUUUAUUAGCACAGGCUCUGGGGAUGGUCAUUAGCUUAUAUGGCUAAAAAAAAAAAAACAACCUACUACCUGGAACCAUGCUAGCUUGGAAUAGAGCCUCCACAUUCAGGACAGUCUACCUUUGACUUUCAGGUGACACUGCCUUUACACUCUGGUCCAGAGCAUCCAUAGGCAUCAGGUUGUCUGCCGUUGGAGGCAAGAUGCUAGAAAAAGGAGCUCUUGGUCAGAUUUGAGAAGGCUUUGUCUGUAAGGUCACUCCACAUUUUAGCCAUGGGGUGCUGAGAGUAAUUGAGAGGACGGUGCUCCAGUCUAGAACUGUGUUGUGUUUGCUCUAAGGCAGGUGCUUUCGAUGACUCACCGUGCUGGCCAGGGCUGGUGUAGUCUAAAACAUUUCUUUUUUAAAUCAUUUUUAUUGGUUUCACAAAUACAAAGUACAAAUAUACACACACUAGUAAAAACAUAUCAAUAUAAAGAGAUUCUCUGAAUCUCAAGACUUUCCCCCAUCCCCUCCAUGGGGUCUCAUUUUAAACAUCUACAACUGCAUAUUCAUCCGUACUCCAAUUUUUAUAUCAAACCAUAUGGUCCAUAGUAAUUUUUACACUACAAGUGAAUCCAAAUCCUGCUCUUGUUUCCAUCUGCUUACAGUGGUCUCCUAAGUAACUUAUAAAUUUUCCCCAUUCUUUUAUAAAGGUAUUUAUCCUCUUGGUUUCUGAGUUUUCCACUCAGCUUUGCUAUCUUGGCAUAGUCCAUCAGCUUGGUUUGCCAUUCUUCUCUGGUAGAGACUUUGUCUUCUCUCCAGCUCUGGGCUAAUAACAUCUGGGCAGCUGUUGUUCCAUACUUUAAAAGUAUUUUCUGCUCCUUUGGUAUGUCGGUACCUGUAAUUCCUAAUAAAAAGGCUUCUGGUUUCUCAACAAAGGUUAUUUUAAGCAUUAGUUUUUUAUUUCAUUAUAUAUAUCAUCUCCAACCUGGUGCUUCCAGAUGUUUUGGACUACAAGAAGCAGAAAGAAACAUGUAGUCCAAAACAUUUGGAAGUGCCAGGUUGGAGGAAGACUCCUGUAUGAUUUGCUGGUCCAUGGUCAGAGACAGGAUACUGGGACAAAGAACCCCUGGCCUCCCCCCCCCAUACCAAGCAGACCCUGCAGUCCCAUAUUUAACUGUCCCAUACCGAUCUUGUCCCCACUCAAAACCAUGCUGGUGUGUUCCUGGUCACUUGCUGGGGCUUGACCUAUGUAUCUUCCUGCAGGGGCCAUUGUCAUCGCAAGAGCCUCGCUCAUCACAUCUGCCAUCGCAGGGGGUGCAGCCUUCAUCUGCCUCCUCUCAGGAUGUCCAUAUUUCCGCUGCUUCCAAGAGGCCACAGCCAAGUGGCGCUGCCUCUGCCUCUCCACGGGAUGCUAUCUCUUUGCAGGUAUGUCCUCCACUGAAGACCAGAGGCUUUCAACGCAAGAGCCCUCUCCGUUAGACGAAAACAAUUCCCUGCAGUGCUGAGGGACAGGUAAAGCCCAUGCAAGCUGGCUCACACCUCUUUUUGAUUGCAGUGUCAUUGAUGAGCCCUGCCAUUGGGCAAAGAGAGGCACCUCCCUCAGUCGGCAGAAUCAGAUGAGCCACACGUCCUCUGCCCUAGUCACUCCUCCUUGAGCCUUACCAUGACACAUAGAUCAGGCUGCACAAUUCCUUAUUGCAGAAGAAAGUGGGGAAGCAUGCCUAGACCCAUGGGAUAUUGCUGCAUGUGACCCCACUCUGAGUGGUGAGAGAUUCCAGCAUUCACCCAGGGUUUGGUUUCCUUGGAAUGAAGGUCAUUGGAGACUGUGGCGUCUUUAGAAUUUUAUUUGGACGUAUGAGUAAAGGAUAGAGGAGCUUGUGGCUUGGAGACUCCAGCAGGUCUUGCUUCCACAUUAGGGUUCCAGGGAAGCCCCACGUCACAACUCAUGGGUCCAGCACAGAGUAAGACGUGCCUCUAUGUCUCCAGCUUCCAGCAUCAGCCAAAACACACAAACAUACUUGCUUACACAACCCUGUGUACGUAAGACUAAAAGUUUCACAACUUCAGAGCAGCUCAUGUUUCAUGGUUCUCUUUUCUGGGCUGGAAGGAGGUCAGCCCAGAGCAGUGACUCAAGCACAGAAUCAACAGGCAGCCUCUUCUUUGGACAGGCACUUUGGGAAUAACUUUCUGGCUGUUUUGGAAGGUGAUGGACUCUCCUUCCUUGGGGGUUUCUAAACAGAGGUCGGAUGGCCAUCUGCCACGGAUUCUAUAGUUCUAUAGCUGUGAUUCUACAAUUCUACAAUUCAGUGAUUCACAAGAGUCUUAAAUCACUGGAUUUCUGUAUUCCUUGCAGCAUAUCAGUGGGUCUGGCACCAUGGGUAUAGCUGGGGGGGGGCAAUUUCCCUUCCAAAUCAAGUAAAUAAAUAAAUAAAUAAAAACAAUUAACUAAAAGUAGAAAUUGUAGACUUUGACAGAUUUUUCUGAGCACUUGGAGUCGAAAGUAAUUUAAAACAACUGUUGUAGAGACAUUUCAUUCUAGACAGAGGAUGAUGGCAAGUGGGUGCCCUGCUCCCCCCCCAACAUAAAUCCUGGCUACGCCCAUGUCUGGCACCCAAUUUGGGAAUUCCCAAGCUGAAGACUUGCAGGGGGGGUGCAUGGGCAUAGCCAAAGGGGGGGGCAGGGAGGGACAGCUAACCCCCCCUAAAUCAAUAAAAAAUAAUAAAAAUACAUAGCUAACUUAGGUUCUGCCCCCCCUCACCAAAAUCAUGGCUAUGCCCAUGUAGGGGGGGGGAGAAAGUAAAUAGGUUCUGCACUCCAAGUUCAUAAGAGCUCACACCUCUCUCCCUUUCCUUUUAGGCUUUUUGUCCUGCAUUGGCGUGAUCCGAUAUUGCCUGUAUGUCUUCUUCCAGCACCAGUAUGAGGUAUUUCCCCUGUCUGCUAUGGCUGUGUGUCCUUUUUUACCCACCCUCCUUGUGGUGGUUGUAUUGUACAACACGCAGAGAAAUAGUGCUUACUCCAACACAGACAAUGGGGAGAUGCUUGAAGGCAGAGGGCUAGCCUAGGGUAGCACUGUGCCAGAAUGCCCUCCCUCUUUUUUAAACAGUGUCCCAUCCCUUAAUGUGAAAAUAAAUUGCAUUUCAAAAUUACCAAAAGGACAAGAACGUUUCGGUGAGAUUCCCAUGGGUGGGGUGCAGGGCUUUGGUCACACCUUGCUUUCAAAUAGUGCUGAAGAGCAUUUGAAAGUCUCUUGACCAGGGCUGGCCCACCCAUGAGACAUGCUGAGGCAGUUGCCUCAGGCAGCAGCUUGGACGGAUACAUCCAGGUUUGCUUGGAGAGCCUCCUCUCAAAUCUCCUUCCUUCUCCCUCCCUGUGAGGUAGGUUAGGCCCCCAAGGCCACCCAGUGAGCAUCAUCAUGUCUGAGUGGGGAUUUGAACCCUGGUCUCUCCUGGGUCCUAGCCCAACACUCUAACCACUACACCACACCUGCUUUCGCAAUCAGCACCGUCCAUAAAAUCUGCCCGAUUGCAGUUUCCAACAUGGCAGUCCCAACUGACAAUGUGUGGGAUGGAACAUAAGCAGUCAUGUACAACACUUCCUGUUUGCCCAGAGUGGACACACGGGGAUGUUACUCCAGCCACGAGAACUUCCUGUGACACCUGUCUGGAGCAUCCUCCCCCUGCAUGUGUCCAGGUGUGAGCCUGUGAGACCCCAUAAAAGGGCUGGUCACGCAGCCAUCUUUCUGUCUCGACCAUUUUCUCUUCAUGCUUUUGCUGUGUGCUGGCUCUCAGCCAGAAGCACAUGGGCUCAAUCCCCAUAAACUCUCUUCUGUAAUUACAAGCUAAAGCCGGCCUUCAGGGAACCUACUGUGAACUGAAUGUGAGUAAACUUCUUAUCAUUACUUUUAAAAGAAGACUGUUGUAUCUUUAUUCUUUUUAAGAGGGAACAAAGGGGAUUUACCAGGAACAUAGCUGUCAACGUUUCCCUUUUUAAAAGGGAAAUUCCCUUAUUCCGGAUAGGAUUCCUCGCAAGAAAAGGGAAAAGUUGACAGCUAUGACUAGGAACAAACCCGAUCUGGACAAAGCCAGAUUGGACUGCUAAAGUAAAGAGAUUCAGACAAAUCUACCAACUAGCUUCCUGCUAAAUACUGGGGAAUGUACUCUGCUACUGACUCACUAGCGUGAGUGAGGAAAGAUCGUAUUUAAUCAACAUUCCCACACAGAUGUUGUACUCUAGCCCAAGCCUGCAAAGCCAAUGGCUGAAGAUGUUUGGAGCUGUAGUCCAGCAACAUCUGGAGAUCCAGAGCUUUUUCUUCCUUGCCAUAAAGGAACUGACUGGAUGCUUUCCCCUUCCCUGGCCCAAAUGUAAGUCGUAUUCGAGCUCACAACAAGGCCCCUGUUGGGCCCUAGACCCUACGGUGAGCAUUCACAGCAGUGAUUAUGGUCAACAGGUGCCAUGGGAACUACUUCCGUGAUUCCCAGGGCCCCUUGACACUGCUGCUGCUGAUGUAAGGCAGACGGUGGGUGAGCGACAGUUCUUCUAGCUUCUUCAAGACCUUGCUGAUUAUAUGACAGUUCGAUCACAGAAGAAAGCAACUCAUAAGCCUACUGCCCCAUAAGUACUGUUGAAAAGACACAGACUGGCAACCUACAGCUCACAGGCUGCAUGUAACCCUUGGUCUCUCUCUCUGUGGGUUGCCAAAUCCCUGCGAAUCCCACAUACCUUUCACCACUCCCCAGCCAUCGCCUGGACACGGGUGAAAAAGAAUCUGGCUACCAGCAAAGGCAUAUGAUUAUGUCUGCAGCCCAAAUGCUACACAGAUGGUACAUCAUACCCAUUGCGAGGAUGUGGUCACAUAAUUAGCUAGGGUAAACUUACUCUUCCAAACAAAGAGUAGACUGGGAUGAGCAUGCAGCAGAGGCAUCCUUAGCAGCUCAACAUAAGAACAUAGAGCUCUGCUGGGUAAGACUAAAAGCCCAUCUAGCCCACCAUCCUCACACUGACCAACCAAACUUUCCCCAUAUGUGAUUCCCAGAAGCUGAUAUUCAGAAGCACACUGCCUCAAACAGUAGAGAGAUAACAUCGCCAUUGUGGAUGGUAGCCACUGAAAGCACCCACAGCACCCCACAAUGCCAAUGCCUGGGAUCCACCUCCAUGCCAAAUCCUUGACCAACCAGCUCUUUCCCAUUUGCCUUCUAGGUGUCUCUGAGCAUCCCUGGAUUCCCCAGCUUUGAGUAUGGCUAUUCCCUGUGGAUGGCUGUAGCAGGUGGCCUGGCAGCCAUUGCUGCAGCUGUCACGUCGUACUACGAAGGGGUGCUUCUUAAGACCUUCAGCAUGAGUCCAGCCAAGGAGGUGCCUGCUGGAGAUGCCGCUGGGACUACUUGGACAUACGUCUGA